AUGGCUCUCUGGAUCCGAUCACUGCCUCUCCUGGCCCUUCUUGCUCUUUCCAGCCCUGGGACCAGCCAUGCAGCUGCCAACCAGCAUCUCUGUGGCUCCCAUUUGGUGGAGGCUCUCUACCUGGUGUGUGGAGAGCGGGGUUUCUUCUACUCCCCCAAAGCCAGAAGGGACAUUGAGCAACCUCUAGUGAACGGUCCCUUGCAUGGCGAGGUAGGAGAACUGCCCUUCCAGCAGGAGGAGUUUGAGAAAGUGAAGCGAGGGAUAGUGGAGCAAUGCUGCCACAACACCUGCUCCCUCUACCAACUGGAAAACUACUGCAACUAG